GAGGCGGAAAACUGAGGCGGGUGUGCUGCUACCGUUUCUAGGCAACCUCAGACUCCCGGUCCUUAAUGGAGCCUGAUGGCCAAGCGACAGCUUGGAAGUGCUUUAGGAAGUGCCUAUGGGCGGUCCACGUCCCUCCCACACCUCUGAGAGCCUUUGUCUUCUGAAUUUUGGGCCAGUUCUAGCGAGUAAAAUUGGCCUCCCAGAUGUGUGAAAGUGACCCUGGAUCUGUAGCUCUUGAGCACCAUCGCUACCUUCUUUCCUGAGAGAUCCUGAAACCUUUGUUAUGGAGAAGUACCACGUGUUGGAGAUGAUUGGAGAAGGCUCUUUUGGGAGAGUGUACAAGGGUCGGAAAAAAUACAGUGCACAGGUGGUGGCCCUGAAGUUCAUCCCAAAAUUGGGACGCUCAGAGAAGGAGCUAAGGAAUCUACAACGAGAGAUUGAAAUCAUGAGGGGUCUGAGGCAUCCCAACAUUGUGCAUAUGCUUGACAGCUUUGAGACUGACAAAGAGGUGGUGGUGGUGACAGACUAUGCUGAGGGAGAGCUUUUUCAGAUCCUAGAAGAUGAUGGAAAACUCCCUGAAGACCAGGUUCAGGCUAUUGCUGCCCAGUUGGUGUCAGCCCUGUACUAUCUACAUUCUCACCGCAUCCUACACCGAGACAUGAAGCCUCAGAACAUCCUCCUUGCCAAGGGUGGUGGCAUCAAGCUCUGUGACUUUGGAUUUGCCCGGGCUAUGAGCACCAACACUAUGGUUCUUACCUCCAUCAAAGGCACACCACUCUAUAUGUCUCCAGAGCUGGUGGAAGAGCGACCAUAUGACCACACAGCAGACCUCUGGUCUGUGGGCUGCAUUCUGUAUGAACUGGCUGUAGGCACUCCUCCCUUCUAUACCACAAGCAUCUUUCAGCUGGUUAGCCUCAUCCUCAAGGACCCUGUGCGCUGGCCCUCCACCAUCAGUCCCUGCUUUAAGAACUUCUUGCAGGGGCUGCUCACCAAGGACCCCCGGCAGCGUCUUUCCUGGCCAGACCUCUUACAUCACCCCUUUAUUGCUGGUCGUGUCACCAUAAUAACCGAACCAGCAGGCUCAGAGUCGGGUACCCCAUUUACCAGUCACCUACCCCCAGAACUUCAGGUUCUAAAAGAUGAACAGGCCCAUCGGCUGGCCCCAAAGGGCAGUCAGUCUCGCAUCUUGCGUCAGGCCUGUAAACGCAUGGCUGAAGAGGCCAAGCAGAAGAAACACCACAACACAGAAUCUGCCCUUGAGCAAGAGGACAGGAACAACAAGGUGACUCCCAGCACAGUCCCUCUGCCUGGACUACGGGCUACUCCUAAGGAAUCAAACCUCCUGGCUGGGAUCUUGGCCUCAGAAAUGAAGAACAGCUGGGCCGAGUCGGGGGCUGGAGAGGCCCCUCCUACACCUCGAGGGAGGGACAAGUUACUGAACUCUGAGCCUCACAGUCUUGGGACUCAUCCUACUUCCAUCCUGACCUCUGGCAGGGAAAACCACAUCACCCCAGGUUGUGAACAAGCAUUCCCAGAGCUGAGGUCAGAGGUAGUCGGCCAGCGGAGCAUUGAUGCAGUGGACCUAGAAAAUGAGGAGCCAGAAAGUGAUGAUGAAUGGCAACAACUGCUAGAGACCACUGAGCCUGUGCCCAUUCAGCUGAAGGCCCCUCUCACCCUGCUGUGUAAUCGUGACUUCUGCCAGCGCAUCCAGAAUCAGCUGCGUGAAAUUGGAGGGCAGAUCCUGAAAGGCAGCCUGGAGAAUGCUUCCCAUAUCCUCCCUGCACUCCGGGUCCUGAGCAGUCUUCUGUCCAGCUGCAGUGACUCUGUUCCCCUGUAUUCCUUCUGCCAGGAAGCAGGGCUGCCUGAGCUGCUGCUCAGUCUCCUCAGGCACAGCCAGGAGAGCAACAGUAUACAGCAGCAACCCUGGUAUGGGGCCUUCUUACGGGACCUAAUGGCUGUGAUUCAGGCCUAUUUUGCCUGUGCCUUCAAUCUGGAGAGGAGCCAGACAGGCGACAGCCUACAGGUGUUUCAGAAGGCUGCCAAUAUCUUUCUGGACCUGUUGGGGAAACUGCUAUCUCAGUCAGAUGACUCUGAGCAGACAUUGAGGAGGGACAGCCUCAUGUGCUUUACUGUCCUGUGUGAAACCAUGGAUGGGAACAGCCGGGCCAUCUCCAAAGUGUUUUACUCCAGCCUGCUGACCACGCAGCGUGCUGUGUUGGAUGGGCUCCUUCAUGGCUUGACAGUUCCACAGCUCCCUUUCCACACACCCCCAGGAGCCCCACAAGUGAGCCAGCCACUGCGAGAGCAAAGUGAGGAUCUGCCUGGAGCCAUUGCCUCUGCCCUGGCAGCCAUAUGCACUGCUCCUGUGGGACUGCCUGGCUGCUGGGAUGCCAAAGAACAGGUUUCUUGGCAUUUGGCAAAUCAGCUGACUGAAGACAGCAGCCAGCUGAGGCCAUCCCUCAUCUCUGGCCUGCGGCAUCCCAUCCUGUGCCUACACCUUCUCAAGGUUCUGUACUCCUGCUGCCACAUCAGUGAGCGACUGUGCCAUAUUUUAGGGAAAGAGCCCUUGGCCUUGGAGUCACUGUUGAUGUUGGUCCAGGGCAAGGUAAAAGUAGCAGAUUGGGAAGAGUCCACUGAAGUGGCACUCUACCUUCUCUCUCUUCUUGUUUUUCGACUCCAAGAUCUGCCUUCUGGAAUGGAGACGCUAGGCAGUGAGGUUGCUACUCUCUUUACCCACUCACACGUCGUCUCUCUUGUGAGUGCAGCAGCCUGUCUGUUGGGACAGCUUGGUCAGCAAGGGGUGUCCUUUGACCUCCAGCCCAGGGAAUGGAUCACUGCAGCUGCACAUGCUCUGUCUGUCCCUGCAGAGGUUCGGCUGACUCCACCAGAUAGCUGUGGGUUCUAUGAUGGCCUCCUCAUCCUUCUGCUACAGCUCCUCACCCAAGUACAGCAGGGAAAGGCUAGCCUGAUCAGGGAUGUGGCUAGCUCAGAAAUGUGGACCAUUUUGUGGCACCGCUUCUCCAUGGCCCUGAGGCUACCUGAGGAGGUAGGAACACAGGAAGAGGAACUGUCACUGUCCGAUCCAUCCAUCCCUGAGCCAGACUGGACGCUGAUCUCACCCCAAGGCAUAGCAGCCCUGCUGAGCCUGGCCAUGGCCACCUUUACUCAGGAGCCCCAGUUAUGCCUGAGCCACCUGUCCCAGCGUGGAAGUCUUCUUAUGUCCACCCUGAAGCACCUUCUUUCUCCCAGCUUCUUGCAUCACCUGAGUCAGACGCCUUACGGGGCUGAGUUUCUGCCUGUUGUGGCGGUCUCUGUCUGCCAGCUCCUCUGCUUUCCCUUUGCCCUGGAUGUGGAUGCUGACCUCCUCGUAGGUAUCCUGGCUGACCUAAGGGACUCAGAAGUUGCAGCCAACCUGCUGCAGGUCUGCUGCCACUAUCUUCCGUUGUCACAAGUCGAGCUGCCCAUCAGCCUCCUUACACGCCUGGCCCUCAUGGAUCCCACUGCUCUCAACCAGUUUGUGAACACAGUGGCAGCCUCCCCUAGAGCUAUCAUUCCAUUCCUCUCUGUUGUCCUCCUGAGUAACCUGCCACUGCUGACCUCUGACCUUCUCUCCCUACUGGCCCACACAGCCCGGGUACUGUCUCCCAGCCACUUGUCCUUUAUCCAAGAGCUCCUGGCUGGCUCUGAUGAAUCCUAUAGGCCCCUGCGAAGUCUCCUGGGCCACCCAGAGAACUCUGUGCGGGCCCGUACUUAUGGGCUCCUGGGACACUUGCUCCAACACAGCAUGGCCCUGCGUGGAGCACUACAGAGCCAGGCUGGACUGCUUAAUCUUCUGCUGCUAGGGCUUGGAGAUGAAGACCCUGCUGUGCGGCGCAGUGCCAGCUUUGCUGUGGGCAAUGCAGCCUAUCAGGCUGGUCCCCUCGGACCUGCCCUGGCAGCUGCCGUGCCCAGUAUGACCCAGUUGCUUGGAGAUCCUCAGGCUGGGAUCCGGCGCAAUGCCGUAUCAGCUCUGGGCAACUUGGGACCUGAGGGGUUGGGGGAGGAGUUGUUACAGUGCCAAGUACCCCAGCGGCUCCUGGAGAUGGCAUGUGGAGACCCUCAGCUGAAUGUGAAGGAGGCUGCCCUCGUUGCCCUCCGGAGCCUCCGACAGGAGCCCUGCAUCCAUCAGGUGCUGGUGUCCCUGGGUGCCAGUGAGAAAUUAGCCUUGCUCUCUCUGGGGAAUCAGUUACUGCCACAUAGCAGUCCCAGACCUGCCUCUGCCAGGCACUGCAGGAAACUCAUCCAUCUCCUGAGGCCAACCCACAACACAUGAUCUCAGAUUCGUGGGAUCCAGCCUCCAGUCUUUGUUGCCCUGCUAUUGCCAAGUCUUCCUUAUUCUCCUGCAUAAGCCGUCAAUUCAACUGAGAGCUGAAGAGACUGAAGAAGAGUGAUAAGCUGCCAAUUCACUUGAGAGUGAGAAAUGAGAGAUUUAUGUAUAAAGCUCUUUCCUUCCCCCAGAUUCAGAAUGAUUUCAGCCAGUAAACUUCGUUACUGCUGGUGCCAGAGAAGAUUCCUUUCUUCUCUGUGUCCAGGGUCUUUUUCCAAUAAUGUGCCUUGAACUUCAGGAAUGUGCCUCCCAGACUUUAGGGAAAUAUACCUCACUUGUCCCAUCUCCCCCUUUCUGGAGCUACUGUAAUCCUCCCAUGAUUGUGCUUUAGGUGUACUGGCUUCUGUCUCAGCUCUAGGCUAUGGGGGAUAAAUGCCAUCAGCCCCUGUUGUUGAGGGGUUCCUAGCCCUUAGGCCACAUUCCUUCCAUGGGUGGGGGUUGGGCAGUAUAUCUUUUUUUAAUUGUAAUUCUGUUUGUAAACUCUUUUAAUAAAAAAUGUGCCUCACCCUA